AUGAACUUGUUUGAGGUCGUAGUUCUGAACGCCUUCUACUUGCCAAUGUUCGUACUGAACAUCCGACUCUACUAUAUUUUGCGGACGCGAUGGCAGACCUUCAAUUCGAGCUUUUACAGGAUUGUUUGCAUCAACGUCUUCAUUGUGAGUGUGCUUUGCAGUGACAAGAUUUUGGCGAAAUUCCAAGCUGUCGCUGACCAGAAACUGACGAGUUUUUUCGAACGGAAAUUGCCCAAACUACCCCCCUUCCCCGUUCUUUUUAUUUUUUUUUUUGGUUUAUCAGUUUGUCGGGAAAAUAAUGAACACAACGUUACUGCGAAAAUGGUGUCGUUGAAUUAAAAAGCAAUUGAUUUUGCCGCGACACAAUCAAUUUUCUCAACGGCGAUGCGAUUUUCGACGCAACAUUGCGCUUAUUAUUUUCCAGACACACUUUUUUGAACAGAAUUUUUGAAAAUCUUAGCUGGCACUUUGCAGCCAAUGGUUCACAAAGCGUUGUCAGCGACAGAGUGUGCUAAAUUCUGACAAGAAUUCCGGGCGGAAAAUUGAGAUAUAUCCAAGACUAAUACAGUGGGGGACCCGAUCCAGUGGCAAAACCGUACCAUUUUGCAUCCAGUAAGUAUCAAAAAUGUGGCAAAAUGCUUCCCUCUUCAAGUGAAAAAACUUCAUUUGAAGUUUUUUCCCCUUUCAUUCCCAAAAAGAGUGGUUUUGAAAUCGGACUUUUUUCACUUGGAGAGGGAGGUAUUUUGCCACAUUUUUUGAUAACUCCUAGGAGCAAAAUGGUACGGUUUUUUGCCAGUGGACCAGGUCUCCCACUGUAGCUUCCGAUUUCCAGAAACGAUUGAGAUUUUUGGGUAGAAAAUUGGAAAAAAUGGUGACGCUUUUUUGCGAAUUUUGGCUUCAAAAGUUUCAUGCCCAUUUCUACCGUAAAACGUAAUGCCUCCGUAAAAAAUCAACUUUCCACGCGAAACUGGCAGAGAUAUAGCCAAAAAAAAACGUUUUCCCCUCUGACACUGCUCAAAAAUUCUGCUGUUGCUCUUUCCGCAAGAGUAGAAUCUCUCCUAAAGAAUGCCAAUUUGUAAGCAUUUUCAGGACCUCCUCAACUUCCUCACCAUUCAAUACACUUGGUAUUUGCCGAACAUUGAGCCGGCUUACGACCUUUUCCUCUAUCGCUUCGAAACCUUCAGCUAUUGGAAUACGGGUGUGUUCUUCGCCAACUACUUUCUGUUGUAUGCGAGUCAACUGGGCAUCCUCAUUUUGGCGUUGAAUCGACUGACAAGUUUCCUGUUUAAAUUCAGUUACAAUCAGGUGAGUUUAGUCUUGCAAGGAUUAAAAACUGUCUUAAAAAAAUAUAUUUUUUUCAGUUUUAUUGGGAUCUGUCGGGAAAAUAAUGAGCGCGAGCUGCGCCGAUUGCGUCGCUGAAGUGAAAAAUUUUUUUUUGCGACACAAUUCAUUUUCUUGACGGCGAUGCGGUUUUCUGGAUGCGACAGAGGCUCAUUAUUUUCCCGACAGACAGAUAAUCUGUUCGCAAAGUCGCUGGAGUGAUUUCGGCGACAUGCGCUUGCACAGUUCAUGUCGCCAAAAUCACUUCAGCGACUUUGCGAAUUAGUAAUCGACCUAAACCUUUAGCUAUGGGAAAGAUACAUUCGCUACGUGCUUGCGGCUUAUAUCAUCAUCCCUUUUAUGUGUACGUCCCACUUAUUGUUGAAUAGAACUUCCAUAAUCCAGCAGGAAACGAUUUACGGAACUUAUCGCACUUUCCAGUACGAGCUCAAAUAUGCCUUCGGAGUAAGUUCAAUGUACUAUAUAUAAAUAAAAAAAUUGAGAGCAACAGUGCUGAAAAUGCGACGCUCAAUUUUGAUGGAACUUAGCACGAUUUUUUUAAGACGUAUGCGAGGAGGCCGCUAGUUUGCGCUAUUGGAUAAAAAAAUCACGGAAAUAACCGAGAUUUUUAGAUUGAAAGUCAGCUCAAAUGUGAUUUUUUUACGAAUUUUGGCAUAAAAAAUGUCAUGGCUAUUUCUACCAUAGAGGUAUAUAAUUUUUCCAAAAAAAUCGGUUUUUUCCGCCCCAAACUAGCGAAGUUCAAUUCAAUUAAAUUUAUUUCCGCUGAUCAUCUAUCAAAAGUAGAGAAACGGGCCAUGAUUCGGGGCCAAGAUGGGGAUGUCACGUCGGUUCUCCAGUGCGCCAAUCCUCACUAAGGUCCUGGCACGGGUUGAGCUUCUGCCAUCCUCCGGAGGGGUUGUAUAACUAGCGAAGUUAUGAUGAAAAAGUGGUCGCGUUUACUAUUAGACGUAUUUUUCGGAGUGUCCCAGCUCGCGCUAUGCAGAAACAACCGAAAUUCUAAGUCGAAAAAAUAAGUAAAAAAUUUGAUAUCCUUUCACGAUGAAAAAUUUCAGCCUUAUUUCAACGAGAUUUUUCCUUGCCGCCCUCCAAAUUUUGCUUACUCUCUCGGUUGCAAAGGCUGUUGAAGAUCUCGCCCACGCCUGCCAAGUCUAAACUAAAACUUUCAAGAAUUUUCCAAGAAUUUUGAAGUAAAUUUUAAAAGUAAAUUUGUGACCGGAGAACUCUAAUAUUUGCUUUACCAUCCAAAUUUUCAGAUCAAUCUUGCCGUUCGGUCCUUUAUCUAUUGUGCGAUUACAAUGGGUAUCUCGUUGGCCUUGAAUAUCGGGAACAUUUGCCUUAUCUUCUACUACAGAGCGCAGCUAAAGCUCUCGCAGGAUGGGAGAUUCAAAUUCGCAAUGUUUUCGAUCAUCAUGUUUAGCGCUCAUUUUUGCCUGGUGGUGAAUACGGUAGGUGCAAAGAAUGACAAAAAUGCGAAAAAAUUUUUCUCUUUUUUGACUCCACAGGGCUUUGUGGAGCAAAAUCUGACUUUUUACGCAAUUUUCAGGCCAUUUACCAACACGGCGUGGCCACAGAAAACGUUCCACUCCGCUGGUUCAUGGUGAUCCACAUGAUUCCGGCUUCUAUGGCGUUUUCCUGCCUAAUGCCCGGGACAUUACUGGUGCUAACUUCUUCAUUUGUCCGAACACAUGUCAUUGGCAACACGCGGCACUCGCAAUCCGCACAUUCUGGAGCAGUGGUUACUGUAGUUUUGCCGGUUCGAAGAUAUACGGCUCCGCCAAAUGCGAAGUUCUCAAUUGUUCAAAAAUAACUUAAAUAUAUAAAUAUAUUUGCAAAUUUGUCUGUUUCUUUCAAAAUCGGCAAGUUUUAGUGAAAUUAAAGACUUCACGAGGCUCUUAAUAUAGUCCCACCACGAAAAAGUGCAAUGCCAAUUUGCUUUGGCAUUCCGCAUCAACUGGAAAGAACAAAGCGGCAGCUGCGCGAAUUGGUUUUUUCUUGUCUUUUCUGUCGUGUUGAUUCCAAUUUUCUCUGUUGUAGAAGUGCUAUAUGUAAAUUUUGGUUGAAAUAUUAGUUUAGAUACGACUUUCUUUUUCAGGCAAGUAUAAUGUCGGCCGAGGAGGACAUUUUGAGCGGUGCAGAAGGAGUGAACGUUAGUGAGCUGGAUGAAGAAGCUCUGCUCGGCGAGCACGACCUGGAAUUGUAAGUUUAGCCGUCAUUUAAUUUUUUUUUUUAUUUUAGGAGGGUAAAAAAAUAUUAUUGAUGGUGAAAAUAAUUUUGCUAGAAAAUUCGAGUGUGUUUAGCUAAAUUAUGUCCUCUGGUUUGUAAGCUGUCUUUACGACGAGUUUUGUUGCAGAAAAGACAAGUUCGAGGAUGGGGACGACCUUUACGAAGCGGCAAUGGAGCCCUCCAUGGACAAGGCCGAAGAGGACUUGCUGCUCAAAGAAGAACUUCCUUCAUCCCCGCUACCGGCUGAGAGCAAGGUUGAGGUGCCGAAAUCAACAAUUGAGCAGAAGGUUGCUCUUUCGAAGCCUCUCUCCACACCUUCUCAAUAUAAUUAUGGAUCGACUGUGAGAAGAUGGCAUGUUUACCUCGGUAACAUGACUUGGUGGACAACUGACGACGAUGUUAUUGUAUGUUUAGUUUCUUUUUUCUUGUGUCUUGGUGUUUAGGUGUUUUGCGACAUAAAAAAAAUAUUUUAAGGAUUGGGCCCGGUUUUGUCCACCCCGGUUUUGUCCCCAAGACGGUUUUGUCCCCAGGACGUUUUUGUCCCCACUUUUUUCGAGCCUUUUUGUCCCCAGACCGGUUUUGUCCCCAGGACGGUUUUGUCCCCAAGACGCUUUUGUCCCCACUUUUUUUAUUUUUUUGUCCCCACACCGGUUUUGUCCCCAGGACGUUUUUGUCCCCAAGCUGGAUAGUACGAUUAAAAAUUAUGCAUUCAGAUGUUAAUGCUUUUAGUUUGGUGCACAGUACUGAUCAAGCAACAUGUUCUUAGCACUUGGUACUGUAUAGUACAAGGUGGUACUAUAUAGCACGAGGUAAAAAUUAAGCCAUAACGCGUUAAUGCUGUUGGUUUGAAGCCCCGGACUUCUCAAAAAAAUGUCUUUUUAGCACUUGGUACUAUAUAGUACAAGGUGGUACUAUAUAGCACGAGGUAAAAAUUAAGCUAUAACGCGUGAAUGACGUUGUUUUGGUAUGCACUACUGACCAGACGUUCAUUUUGUGCAAAAACAAAUUCGUGCUAUAUAGUACGCUAAAACACAUUUUUGAGAAGUACUGGGCUUCAAACCCAUAGCAUUGACGUGUUAUGGCUUAAUUUUUACCUCGUGCUAUAUAGUACCACAUCGUACUAUACAGUACCAAGCGCUAAGAACAAGUUGUUUGAGCAGUACUGUGCACCAAACCAACAGCAUUAACAUCUGAAUGCAUAAUUUUUAAUCGUACUAUCCAGCUUGGGGACAAAAACGUCCCGGGGACAAAACCGGUGUGGGGACAAAAAAAUAAAAAAAGUGGGGACAAAAACGUCUUGGGGACAAAACCGUCCUGGGGACAAAACCGGUCUGGGGACAAAAAGGCUCGAAAAAAGUGGGGACAAAAACGUCCUGGGGACAAAACCGGGGUGGGGACAAAACCGUCCACCACGAUUUUAUUUUAAGAUCUGCUUUGACAGAUUUGGCAUCUCAAUUCCAUGAGCAAUAUAAAUUCCAAAUUUUUUUAGUCGACCCUUCAAGAUUAUGGUGUCACCGAUGUGAUUGAGGUCAAGUUCGGUGAGAAUCGGCAAAAUGGACAGAGUAGAGGAUAUGCCGACGUCGCUCUUCAAUCCGAAGCAUCCGUCAAAGUUAUAAUGGACCGAGUGCCGGGAAGACAGCUGAAUGGCCAACUUCUAACGGUCCUGCCGUACAAUAAACAGUCCUUGGCCAAACUAGAAGAGCCCGCGAAACGAGCGGAGGUUAGUUUGUCUAUUCAUGGAGUGGAUUUAAUACUUUUUUUUCGAAAGUUUUCUUCGAUACCUAAACCAAUAUUUGCAGGAGAAAAAGGACGAGAAAAACAAAAUUCCCGCAAUGCAGACUCGAAUCAUGCCGAUGAAUGGGAUGCAACCAACAUCUAUCCUGAAUUUCGGAGCACCUCCAGUCAUGAAUAUUCGCCAACAACCACCGAUUCAGCCGCUUGUCCAGCAACGAAUCAAUUUGGCCGCGCCGCCUCCACAAAUCCCGAAUAUGAUGGGCAACAUGAACAAUAUCAUGUCUCGGCCACCUCCUUCCUUCCCACAACAGAUGAUGCAGAUGCAACAGAGCAAUAUGAACACUGCCGCCACCAUGAAUAAUGUCUUGAAUAGAACUAGGCAGAGCUCCACCGGGCAGCAGAAUAUGAAUAUUCCGCCUGGUGCGCAUGUUAAUCCACAAGUUUAUCCAUACCUCUGUAAGUAUUUUGACAUUUUUUGUUGAAUUUUAGGCAAGAAAGAAGAGAUUUCUUCAGUGGAAAAUAUGAUGUCAUGUGUAAUAUAAAAAAUGUUGGAAGUAUCAAAAAUAAAGGCAAAUCUCUCCAAAUUUUGUAUUUUCAGCUCAAGGACAACAAAUGCCGCGCGAUAUGGGCGGUCACAAUCAAAUGUCUCCAGCGGAAUACAAGGAAAUUAUGGAUCGGAACAGAACCGUCUCUUCUUCGGCGAUUGCUCGCGCCAUGAGUGACACAGCAGCGGGAGACGUGGAUUCCGCGAUGGAUACGCUGAUGACAGCCAUGUCGUUGAUCAAACAGUCGAGAGUCUCGCAGGAUGAAGGUUGCAAAGCGCUUUUACAGACAUUACAAGUAAGGUUUUGAGUUUUUGCUUCGGUUUUUAGGUAGAUGAAGAAGACGUGAUGUUUUGAAGAGGAAAUGAUUAGAUUGGGAUUUGAAUUGGAAAUUAGAAGUUAGAUUGGGAUGUAUGGUUGAUAUUGCAAGCAGUUUUGGCCAAGUUUUUUUGAAGAUUUUGGACUAGGCACAAAUUUUCGAAAAUUUUGGGUUUAGAUGGUAUAACAAUAUAAAAAUGUGUUGUUUGAAGAGUUUAAUGGUGGUAGUUUCAGUUUUUUUGGUUUUUCAAGGUAGAAAAAUACUUGGUAGUCAGGAUUAAGAGUUAGAGAUCGGUUUUUUUCAUAGGAUAUUGUACUAGGUACUUUUUGAAAAAAUUUUUUGAUUUUUUGACGUUUUUGGUCGAAUUUUUUAAAAAAUUUAUUUCCUAACCCCUCUAAUUUUACCUCAGGAAGCCCUGAACGGCGUGGAGAAGCAGUCCUCGUCCCGCAAACGCCAUCACCGCUCGCCGGAACGCCGCUCCAAACAUCGCCGCCGUUCGCGCAGCCGAAGCCGCAGCCCUCGGCACUCGAGACGCUACUAA